AUGGCCGCGCAUCUGAGAAGGCGUCUGCCUGCUCUCCUUGCUAGGGCCGCUCGCAGCUCCGUCGCCAUCGCCCAGAGGGAGGUUGCGACGCCGUCGCUACUAGAGUCGUGCGUUCCAGCCGCCAGUCCGUUCCUCAUGGAUAAGGUGAUUGGGGGAGCCAUGGUUCCACCAACUGCUCAGCGCGGCUUCGCCGCCUCUGCUGCAGCUGCAUCCAAAUCAAAGAUCGCCCGGCGCGGACCAGACGGACGCCAGGAGCCGCACGGCGGGAAGCUGGUGAACCUGAUGGUGACGGAUCAGAAGGAGAAGGAGGAGCUGCUGGCGAGCUGCAAGGGCGUCAAGCUCGACCUCAACGAGCGCCAGUCGUGCGACGUCGAGGUCCUGGCUGUCGGCGGCUUCUCGCCGCUCGAGGGGUUCAUGACCGAGGACGUAUACAACUACGUCGUCGAGAACAUGCGCCUGCCAAGUUCGGACCUGCUGUUCGGGCUGCCGGUGGUGAUGGACACGUUCGAUCCGAACGUGAAGGUGGGGCAGCGCGUGGCGCUGCACUACCACGGCGAGGUGCUCGCGGUCAUGGAGGUGGAGAGCAAGUGGCAGCCCGACAAGGUCAAGGAGACCUUCAAGUGCUACGGCACGUCAUCUCUGGAGCAUCCCGGCACGCUCAUGGUGGCGACUGAGCGCGGCCCGUGGUACAUCGGCGGCAAGGUGUGGGGCUUCACCAUCCCGCGCCGCGUCUUCCCCUGCAAGACGCCCGCGGAGGUGCGCGCGGAGCUCGCGCCGCACAUCGACGUGGUGGCGUUCCAGUGCCGCAACCCCGUGCACCGCGCGCACUACGAGCUCUUCUCGCGCUCGCUCUUUGCGGAAAACGUUGGCGAGGAUGGCGUUGUGCUCGUGCAUCCCACGUGCGGCCCCACGCAAGCGGACGACGUGCCCGGCCCCGUGCGCUACGAGACGUACCUCGUGCUCAAGGAGGAGAAGCACGACCCGCGCGUGCAGUGGGCGUACCUGCCGUACUCGAUGCACAUGGCGGGGCCGCGCGAGGCCAUUCAGCACAUGAUCCUGCGCAAGAACUACGGGUGCACGCACUUCAUCAUCGGCCGCGACAUGGCCGGCUCCAAGAGCAGCCGCACCGGGGACGACUUCUACGGGCCCUAUGACGCCCAGGACUUUGCGAAGCUGCACUCGCCUGAGCUUGGAAUGGACACCGUGCCGUCCCUUAACUUGGUGUACACGGAGGAGGAGGGUUACGUGACUGCUGACGUGGCAACAGAGAAGGGUUACCACCUGAAGAAGCUGUCAGGCACGGAGUUCAGGCGCAAGCUGCGGGCGGGUGAGGACAUUCCAGAGUGGUUUGCGUUCAAGUCGGUGGUGGAGGUGCUCCGGAAACACGUGGAUGAGAAGCCGUAA